UUCGAAUCUCCCAGACGAAAAGCAUCAGCCCGCGGGGCCACAUCAGCAGAGCACCGACCACCACACGAACCGACGACGAACGACAAAGAGCGCGAAAGCGAGCAGAAAAUAGCAGCGCGGUAGCGGAUUGCAAAUGUGUCCCCGCGCGCGUGUGUAUUGUGUGUGUGUGUGUACGUGCGUGCGUGUGUAAGUGUGUGUAAGUGUGUGUGUGCGUGUGUAGCGCGUGCGUACGCUCAUAGCAAAAAAAAGGGAGGAUACAAGGCACCGUUGCAACAAUGAUGAAGCAAUAGAUUUUCAAAAUCGUACCAGAAUAGAAUAGUCGCCGCGUUUUUGGCAUCGAUUGGCGAAUGCGAAUGAAAACGAAAACCACACAUCAACAGGUGCCCGGAAACAGUUUCGUGUGAAACUGUUGUACUAAGAACUGCCACCUUCGGGACCGGUUUUGACAGUUCCGGCGCGUUUCCAGUGUGCGUGUACGCAGCGUAGGCAGCCGAAGGCUCCUCCGUCGGUCGGUCAAUGACAGUUGGUUCGUCCUGUGGCACCCUGGACCCUACACAUCCUUAUACUUAACGCACACACCACUACCACCACAAAGCGUUUGAACGCGUGCGCAUCCCGACGGAAGCGCUCACACACUGUCUCGCUCUGUUCUGGUAGAACCAAUUUUCCAGGACCAGGACCGUCAACAUCAAACGGCCAGCCUGUCAGCCAGCCAGCAUCAUCGGCCAUCGCGCUUUUUCUCGUCGUCGGUUAUUGAUUGGUAGUGUGUCCCGUGGCUUCUCGCUGUGCAAAAGCAUCUUUUCUGCCUGCGAAUUGGGCGUUUGAGUGUUUUGUGUAGCGCCCCAGAUCAAUUUGUGUGUGUUUAUUGAUGGUUAAUAGAAGCAUUUUCCUGUGCCAGUGUUCUAAUAAGUGAAGCCAUUUGAAGCAACAACAAAAAAAGAGCAAUUGCGUUGAUUGAAGCUGUGUGUGCAAUUCAGUGCGUGUUUGUGUGUGCGUUUGUGUGUCUAAAGAAAACGCCCCUCACCGAAGUGACACGGAAAGCAUUGCUUGCCCAGCAAGCUUAGCGCUGUUCUGAUAGUUCAUCCUUCCCUCCCCCCCUGCCGGUACCGUUAAAAGCCGUCAAAAUUACGCAAAACACGCAAAAGAUGUCCUCGCUGGUGCUGAGGAGCCUCUCGAUACUGCUCGGGCUGUUCUUCAUAUUCAUCGGCAUCAUGAAGAUAUCGCCACACAUCAGCAAGGACCUGCAUCGGGACUUGCGCAAGAACUACGUCAAGUAUGCGAAAGUGUUUCCCCUCUCGACACUGCUGGAGUUCAAAAUACCCUCGAAAUGGUACCGGCGAUCGGUCGGCGGACUGGAGGUGCUGUGCGGGUUGGCCAUGGUGCUCAUUCCUAGCCAUAAAAUAAAAAAUGCGGCCAACAUAACGCUCCUGCUGUUGAUGUUCCUGGCCGUCUACUCGCACUACAUGGUAAGCGAUCCGUUCGAACGAUCCGGCCCGGCGCUCGUCUUCACCUUCAUGCUGAUCGGUAGGCUAGUGAUAUGGUAUCAGGCAAGUCGACGAGAAGCGGCCCUAGCAGCUGCCGCACAGCCCACUGCCAAUGGACUGAAGCAGGAGUAAGGUGGCCAUCACCAGUACCACCACAACCACCACGAAAUACUGCGUCCGGCUAACUGAUCUCAGUUCCCUUCAGCCCGUAACGAUGCAUGGAUACAGAAAGCGCAAUAGAGCGAGUGAGAGAGAGAGAGAUAGAUUCUUCAUGCAACACAACCAGCAAUGCAACACACUAAACGAGGAAAGUCGAGUUCGAGUCUCGCUCUGUCGAAUUUUAUACCAAAACAGAACGUAAUGAGGAAUACGUUUUCCUCCCCCCUGCCCUCCUCCCCAGCCAGACUCCUACCCCUUUGAAAACGAAUCGAAACACGCGGAAGAGGACGAAAUCGAAAGCAACGGAAAUGGUUAUAUGGUUUCAUUCGGUGUUUCACGCAAAAGCAGCAAGACAGGCGCGAACUGAGCACACUAGCACACUAGAGCACACGCAAAAAAUACGGAUACGGAUUAUUGGUUUGAUAUAUUUUAAUACGAAAUUGAGCAGCACAAACGAUGAUGAUCAACAACGAACCAAACUGCUAUUAAGCGAACAGGGAAUGGAGGAACAUGGAAGUUUCGAUUAGAUGAACUAUUAUUAUCUCGAUCAUUAUCGUUUUUAGCGUCAUCAUUAUUUUUACUUAUUUUUACGUUUAGCAACGGAAAGGAUUCUCUGUCAGCCUCUUCUGUUCUCUGCCGGAUGCAAAUUUGAGAUACCGAGUGGGGGCGAGAGAGCGAUUGAGGGAGAAUGGGGGGGCCGAAUGAAACGAAUUGCGGUAUUGUCUCUGCUUUUCUUUUUUCAAAUGUGAUCACAAUAAAAACAAAGAAAUUAUUCUCUAGUCA